AUGUUUUUAUUCGACUGGUUUUGGAAUGUUUUAAGUUUUUUAGGUCUCUACAAUAAGAAUGCCAAAAUCUUAUUUUUAGGUUUAGAUAAUGCAGGUAAAACUACACUCCUUGGUGUAUUAAAAGAUGGUCGUCUUUCUUCAUAUCUUCCAACUUUCCAUCCAACUUCAGAAGAAUUAGCAAUGGGUAAUAUUAGAUUUAAAGCAUUCGAUUUAGGUGGUCACGAGUCAGCUCGUAGACUUUGGAAAGAUUAUUAUCCAUCAGUCGAUGCUAUUGUUUAUUUAAUUGAUUCAUCAGCUCAAGAUAGAUUUGUUGAAUCAAAGAAAGAAUUAGAUUCACUUUUAUCAUCAGAUGAACUCGCAAAUGUUCCAUUCCUCAUUCUUGGUAAUAAAGUUGAUAUUGGUAAUACAUCAGAAGAGAAAUUCAGAGCAUCAUUAGGUCUCACUCAAACUACAGGUAAAGGUAAAACUACACUCAAUGGUGUUAGACCAAUUGAAGUAUUUAUGUGUAGUGUUGUAAAGAGAUACGGUUAUGCUGAAGGUUUCAGGUGGUUAGCAAACUAUCUCUAA